AUGGGGACUGUGAACACCUCCGAACGCUUGGCCAGGUUGAGGCAGUUGAUGCAGGAGCACAAGGUGGAUGUAUAUAUCGUUCCUUCGGAAGAUAGUCACCAGUCAGAAUACAUUGCGCCAUGCGACGGCCGUCGAGAAUUCAUCUCGGGUUUCUCCGGAUCGGCUGGAACGGCCAUCAUCUCCUUGUCCAAGGCAGCAUUGUCCACGGACGGCCGUUACUUCAACCAGGCUGCCAAGCAGCUCGACGACAACUGGGUUCUGCUAAAGCGGGGUGUCGAGGGUGUUCCAACAUGGCAAGAAUGGACCACGGAGCAGGCAGAGGGUGGUAAGGUGGUUGGUGUCGACCCAGCUUUGAUUACAGCCUCCGGUGCUCGUAGCCUUUCCGAGACCCUGAAGAAGAAGGGAUCGUCCCUCGUUGGUGUCCAACAGAACCUUGUCGACUUGGUCUGGAAAAAUGACAAGCCGGCUCCCCCAAGGGAGAAGGUGACGGUUCACCUGGAGAAAUAUGCUGGCAAGAGCUUCCAGGAGAAGAUCCAGGAUCUGCGCAAAGAACUGGAGAACAAGAAAGCGGCUGGUUUCGUUAUCUCGAUGCUGGACGAGAUCGCUUGGCUGUUCAACCUCCGCGGCUCUGACAUUCCCUAUAACCCUGUUUUCUUUUCAUACGCCAUUGUCACCCCCACUACCGUCGACAUCUACGUGGAUGACGAUAAGCUGACACCGGAGGUGAAGGUCCACCUUGGUCAGGAUGUCGUGGUCAAGCCUUAUGACUCCAUUUUUGCGGACGCUAAAGCACUAAGCGAGGCUCGGAAGCAGCAGGCCGACGGUGCGGCUUCGAAGUUCUUGGUGUCUAACAGGGCUUCCUGGGCUCUGAGCCUUAGUCUGGGCGGCGAGGACCAGGUCGAAGAGACCCGUAGUCCUAUUGGCGACGCCAAGGCGGUCAAGAACGAAGUAGAGCUUUCGGGGAUGCGGGCUUGUCAUAUCCGUGAUGGCGCGGCCCUGUCGGAGUACCUGGCCUGGCUUGAGAACGAAUUGAUCAACAAGAAGACCACCCUGGAUGAGGUGGACGCUGCAGACAAGCUAGAGCAGAUCAGAUCCAAGCACGAUCUGUUUGCUGGCCUCUCGUUCGAUACUAUUUCUUCUACAGGUCCCAACGGCGCUGUCAUCCAUUACAAGCCUGAGAAGGGAAGCUGCUCUACCAUUGACCCCACAGCCAUCUAUCUCUGUGACUCUGGAGCGCAAUACUUGGAUGGAACCACGGAUGUAACUCGUACAUUCCACUUUGGCAAGCCCACCGACCUUGAGAAGAAGGCAUUUACCCUUGUGCUCAAGGGUCUGAUCUCCAUCGAUACUGCAGUCUUCCCCAAGGGUACGAGUGGUUUUGCGCUUGAUGCGCUUGCUCGGCAGCACCUGUGGAAGGAGGGCCUUGAUUACCUGCACGGAACUGGUCAUGGUGUUGGUUCCUACCUGAACGUUCAUGAGGGCCCCAUUGGCAUUGGCACGCGCGUGCAGUACACUGAAGUCCCCAUCGCACCCGGCAAUGUCAUCUCUGACGCAGAACCCGGCUUCUACGAAGAUGGCAAGUUCGGUAUUCGUAUCGAAAACAUUAUCAUGGCACGUGAAGUCCAGACGACGCAUAAAUUCGGCGACAAGCCCUGGUUGGGCUUUGAACACGUCACCAUGGCCCCCAUCGGCCAGAACUUGAUUGAGCCAUCUCUCCUCACUGACGCCGAGCUCAAGUGGGUGAACGAUUACCAUGCUGAGGUCUGGGAGAAGACCCACAACGGCCGAAGCCCCUACGCGAACGGAUACGGAUACUCCGACCCCAGCCGAUACGACCGCGGUGAUGGCGGCUACGGCAGCAACAGCAGCAACAGCUUAGGGAUCAAUGGAUACGGAGGCGGGGGAGUAAGCGGAGGAGGAGGCAGCAGCGGUGGCUCGGGGAGUCGCGACCUUCGCCCCGGAGGCUACGGUGGCUUCUACCCCGAGGCGGCGUCGCAAUCGUCCCUAUCUCCGGCUCAGUCCCCGGAGCGACGACGUGAUAGGUGGGACCGCGAACCCGAGCACUCGUCGUCGCGGUCCCGGACAAGAGAAGGGGAUGCAGAGAGGGCGGCUUUGGGUUCACGCGAUGGUCGAUCGCGUGGAGAGACGAGCUGGCUGGGAGGCAGCAGCAGUCGCGAACGAGAACGGGAACGGGAACGGGACAAUAAGGGAAUGAGUUCUGCUACUCGCGUGGGAGGACAGGGAGGCUCUCAGGCCAUUGAAGAUGUUCUGCAGAUGGUACAGCGGGAAUGGGACUUCGUGGCUACCGAAAGUUGUAUCCCGGUGCAGGUGGCUUUACAACUCAUGGACACGAGCACGUUGGGAAAGGCGGACCGCGAACCGGAAUUCCUUGAGAUCCACGAUCAAAUACAGCAGACCCUGAAGUCGGUCGUCAAUGAACACCAUCAGGGUUUCAACAGUUCGAUCGGUACAUACCAUAAGAUCCAAACCAGCAUCCAGACUUCACAGACCCGAGUGCGCAAUUUGAAGAACGCCCUCGAGGGGGCAAAAUCGGGUCUGUUGUCAACUAAGCCUGAAUUGAAAGGACUGGCUACCUCAUCGCAAAAAUACGACGAUAUUAUCCAGCUGUUCAGCCAGAUACAGGAAAUCCAAUCGUUGCCUGAGAAGCUGGAGUCUCGCAUUUCGGACAAGCGUUUCCUCGCCGCUGUCGAAGUGCUGCAUGAUGCGCUGCGACUUCUGCGCCGGUCUGAGCUCGAGAACAUUGGGGCGCUAGCUGAUAUUCGCGCUUAUUUCGGUAGCCAGGAGGCUUCCCUGACAGAUAUCUUGAUCGAGGAAUUGCACGAUCAUCUGUAUCUGAAAUCCCCUUACUGCGCGAAUCGGUGGAAACCCCCGACAGCUGAAGGAGAGGGCAGCGGUAUCAAUUCGUCCAGCUGGUCUGGCAGCAACUCCUGGGAACGCCCGGUUUACAAUUUCCUCGCGAAGUUGAAUGCGUCCAACCCGAUGGUGGAAGACGCUUCUCGCAACCCAGAAGCGGACACAUUUUACUAUAUUCAACUACUGAUAGAGGCGCUCAACAAGAUGGGUCACCUUGACAUCGCUGUUGACAGAAUAGAGCAGAGGCUCCCUGUCGAAUUGUUUUCAGUCGUCGACAAGACGAAUGCUGAAAUUGAUGCACGUUACCCUGAUCUGUCUACGCGCGGCUUCGCAGCCCAAGAUAACAGAAGCGGAGUGGCAACAGAGACCAUCGAAAAACGUGGCCACGUGCUGUCUGAAUUCUUAUGGACAUUGUACGCCAAAUUCGAGUCCAUUGCCGAGGGCCAUCGCGUCGUCCAUGACGUGAUUGCAGCCAUCGUAGCACGUGAGGGCAUCCCGAAAAGUAACACCCUUGCUGGUGGGUUCAAGGAGCUGUGGAAGCUUUAUCAGAGCGAGAUCCGCUCGCUUAUGCAUGACUACUUGGCCACUGAUGGAGAGUACCGACCGAGGGAUGAAGACGCUGACGCUAGACGUCAAUUUUACACCGGUCAACGAGAUAAGAACAAGAAAAUGUUCAAACUGUCCGAAACAGAUCAAACGACAGAAAUUCAGGCCGAGCAGACCGAGCUGGACGAGAUCCUGAGAUCAUCUGUGCCUGGCUUAGUGACCAAAUCCAACCAGAAAUUUGCUGUGACUGACAACACUGAUGCUAGACAAGGCAACUCGGGUACUGGGCAUAAGAUCCUCAUCGAGCCAAGUGUGUUCAAUAUCAGUCUCCUGCUACCACCGUCUCUUUCGUUUAUCCAAAGGCUCAAGGAGAUUGUGCCGGUGGAUUCGGAUCUUGCGAUGACCACGUUGACAUCCUUCCUGGAUGACUUUUUGGUCAACGUAUUUCUGCCUCAGCUCGAUGAUACAGUUACAGACCUUUGUAACCUCACUAUCGUCUCGCCCGAUGCAUUUACAGAAGAUCCCCAAUGGUCUACUGUUUCGCCUCGACCCGUGUUCAAGGGCACGGUCAAGUUUAUGUCAAUCAUCCAGGAAUUCAGCAAAAUGCUCUCGAGCAUUCCUCAUGAUCAAGCCUUCACGCAACUUCUGCUUACUCAGAUCGUGACUUAUUAUGAUAAGUGCUGUGGAUGGUAUAAAGCCAUUGUGACGAAGCUCUCCCCGCGAGACAAGGGUGAGCCUCGGCUCAAGGCUGCUGCAGGCUUUGCUGAAGCGGGAGACGUCCAUGAUACUGUUGCCGAGCUCUGGAAGGACGCGACCAACGACAAAUGGACACUCGUAGAUAAGGAAAUCGAGCUUCUUCUGCAACUUACCUCCGAAGUACCAUUAGAACCUUACGACAUCAUAUCCGACCCCAAGACCGUCGUGGCUUUGUCCCUCCUUUACAAUAGCAUGCAAUGGUUCGCGAGCCACCUGGCCCAGUUGCGCCAGAUCACAGUGCCCCCCUCGGAUGCCCGGCGUCCUGAGACCGGGCCCCAAAACCGUCGUUGGACAUUGAUAGGGGCAAUGAAAUCUAAGCUUGACGGUGUUAGCCAACCGAUAUACUUGCCACUGAACCAGGAAACCGCAGUUAUAUUCGACAACACACUCGAAUCACUGCGCGAACUUGCCUACACGGCUCUGUUCGCUCUACACAUUGACAUUCGGUGCGGCAUCAUUCAUAUGCUGAAAAGGACGAUGGCCGGACCCAACCCUCGGAACCCACGCGCUUCCGAACCUACGACGCCGUCUCCCAGCACUACCACCCAUUGGUGGCACAUCUUGAUGAACCAGCCCACUGCUGCAUCUCCCACGAUCUUGGAGUUGAACAGUGAUCUGAUCGGCUUUGACACUAACAUUUCAACCUACCUCAGAACGUCUGAAAGAUGGUUCAUUACCUCAGGAUUAGCUCGCUUCAUCGACCAGAUCUUUGUGGCGCACACUGAUCUGAUUGGGGCCAUGAAUGAAAACGGAGCUCUGCGCCUUCAACUGGACGUGCUCGUUCUGCAGCAGAAUCUAAAAAACAUCAUCAUAGAUCCCACGCAGGACCCAGCCCACGACGGGGCAACUAGCCCGCACGAAGAGCAUCACGAGGUGGUUGCUCUCCCCCGCAGUGCCAAGUUCCUCGAUUGGUUCCUGGAGGGGGCCGAGAAGGCUCUUGACUACGCGAAAGAAGAAAAGGAAUCGUUUGCAGCUCACGGAGAGAAGGCACUGGCCGCUGGAAAUGGCGAACCCUUUACGUACGAGGAGCUUAAGAUUCUCAUCGACCUCUGCUUCUCGGAUGCAUUGCUCGGACCACGGGGCGCGGACAACCGCGAGGAGUUCAUGGCUGCCAAGAAAGCCAGUGCGGAUGCUCUCCUGAAGUUGAACGAGGUGAUGUGGGAUUCCAAGUAG